AUGAUUCGAAUUCUUCUUAGGAGUGGUUAUUCUCGAAGGUCGUAUUCUAAUGUUGUUCCUCCAAAAAUUUUCAAGAAUUCAAAUUGGCUAAUUAAAAAACCUGUAUUUAAAUAUUUACCAAAGGAAGAAUUGGAUAAAGACAAAAUUAGAUUUGAUUUGAAUCUAAAGAAAUUGGAUCCUAAUAGUAUAUAUUCUAAAGAUUCCCAAUUCAAGUCUUUGUUGGAUAAUGUAUUACAGUACAUUUUUAACAAAAAAUGUAUUUCAUUUGCUGUUAAUGAAGCAUCAAUGAAAUUCUAUACAUGGUUGAAGUUAAGAAAUUAUAUAUAUGAGCAAUUGAAUGAUAAAGAGUUGGAUUCAAAAAUUAAGAAAUAUGAAGUGGGCAUAAUGGAAACGAUUAGACCAACAAAGCCUUCUGAUUUACUUUGCCAGUUGAUUAAAGUGAACGAGAUUAAUGAUGUGAAAUGGAAAAUAAUUUUACAAGAUUCUGUUAGUAAUGAUAAAAUAACAAAUUUUGAUAAAUAUUUAUAUCUGAUAUCAAAAACAUUUGACCAUAUCAAUUUCAAUGAAAUCACACCAAAUUUAUUACCUUCUUUAGAUACUUCGAAUAAAAUCGAUAUUCAGAAAAAAUUUGAAAUACCAAAUCCAAUUGAAUGGUUUCCAGAAGCAAGAAAGAUGAAGCGUACUAUAAUCAUGCAUCUAGGUCCUACGAAUUCAGGAAAAACUUAUAGAGCACUACAGCGUUUAAAACAAGCCCAAAGAGGCUAUUACGCUGGACCUUUAAGAUUAUUGGCAAGAGAAAUUUAUGAUCGUUUUAGGUUGGAAGGACAUCGUUGUAAUCUUUUAACAGGGGAAGAAGUGAUUACAGAUUUAAAUUCAAUUGGUACCCCAGCGGGUCUAACUUCAGGAACAGUAGAGAUGGUUCCUCUUAAUAGACAGUUCGAUGUACUUGUCCUUGAUGAAAUUCAGAUGUUAGCCGAUCCAGAAAGAGGUUGGGCUUGGACAAAUGCAGUGCUAGGAGCAAGAGCUCAUGAAAUCCACCUGUGUGGUGAAAAAAGUGUUCUGCCACUAAUUAAGAAAAUUGUAGAUAUUACGGGAGAUAACCUUAUUGUUAAUGAAUAUGAUAGACUAGGGAAAUUAGAGAUAGAAUCUGACGUAUUAUCUAGAGGUCUACGAAGUCUGAGAAGAGGAGACUGUGUGGUAGCAUUUUCGAAAAAGACUAUAUUGGACUUAAAAUUAAAAAUUGAAAAGCAAACUAAACACAAAGUAGCUGUAAUUUAUGGUUCUUUACCUCCAGAAACAAGAUUACAACAAGCAAAUCUAUUCAACUCUGGUGAGUAUGAUGUUUUGGUGGCAUCAGACGCCAUUGGCAUGGGUUUGAACUUAUCUAUAGAUAGAAUUAUAUUUACGACCGAUACCAAAUUCAAUGGGCGUGAAAUGAUCAGUUUAUCAUCAUCCAAUGUUAAACAGAUUGCAGGUAGAGCAGGCAGGUUCAAACAAGAAAAUAAUGGUAAAAAUGGUAACUCUACAGUUGGGUAUGUGACAAGUUUCGAUAAAGAAGUAUUGAAGUCAGUUAAAAGAGGGUUAGAGCAACCUAUCGAAUAUAUAGAGAGUGCUGUUAUUUGGCCAACUGACGAAAUCAACACACAAAUCCUAAAUAAAUUGCCACCCAAGACGGAAUUAUCUGAAUUAUUAAUUGAGAUAUCUAAAGAACUGAAGAAAUCCUCUAAUAAUAUGUUUAUGUUAACCGACUUACGAAACCGGUUAAAUCUAAUCGAGGUGUUCAAAGAAGUUGAUGGUAUCCCAUUAAAUGACAAAUUAAAGUUGAGUAAUGCACCGAUGAAAGAUCUACCAUUAGUAAGGCUUGCAUUUAAACAAUUCUGUGAAACCAUUGCCAAUAGGAAAACUAAAACAAUUCUUUCAUAUAAUCUUCCAUUCGAACUGUUAGACUUUGAUUGUAUUUACGAUGACAAAUACGGAUUAGACAUGUACGAGUCAUUGUAUAAUAUUAUUACAUUAUUCUUAUGGUUAAGCAAUAGGUAUCCUAAUUUUUUCGUUGACUUGGAAUCAGCAAAAGAUCUAAAAAUUUUCUGUGAAUUAAUAAUUUAUGAGAAACUAGAUAGAUUGAAGAAAAAUCCAUACCAAAGGGGAUUUCAAAAUUCUAUUAAUAUUGGUAAAACAUUUAGAAUGAGAGAGACUCUAGUUAAAAAGAAUAGAGGUUGGCAAGAUCGAAAAUUAAAUAGACAAAAAAGAAUCAUGUAA